GCUAGACGGUUGUCGCUAUUCAGGUUCUCGCUUUCGCUCAAGUUCUCCGAUCUCUCGGGACAGCUGUGCCUCUGUGUCGAGUCGUGUGGCUCGCAAAGACGCGAUAUCGGUCAAGUUCAGGCGGCAAAGCGACGCGACGCGACGAUCAUCUCAAUUAGCCUCGCCAAAGGGACCCGUGAAAUUCACUUUUAAUUUUCGAACUUAGUUUUUGUAAACCGCAAAUCAUCUAAUACCAUAAUAUACAUAGUAGAUCGCUUUUGUUACGAACCGAACCGUUCGUGUGCUUAUUCGAAAAAGAAUUUGUCACAGUGCCAAAAGAUGAGCAUCUCGGCGGUGGAUCGCAAGGAAGCCACCAGCAUGUCUGGUGUACUGAGCAGGCGCUACGGGCAGCUGCUCCACGGGGGCAAACACACGGAUUGUGUGUUCCACGUGUGUGCUGAGCAGGUGAAGUGCCACAAACUCAUUCUGAGCACUGCCAGUCCCGUUUUCGAGGCCAUGUUCUUUGGGCCACUGCAGAACAACGAUCCCGAGCCGGAAAUUGAAAUCGAUGAUAUUAGUGAAGCCAUAUUUAAGGUGCUGGUGAACUACAUCUACACUGGCGUCGUGGACUAUAACGGCCUGGAGCUGGUGGCCUGCAUCGAGCUGUACUAUGCGGCGGAAAAGUACUUGCUGGAGGAGCUCAUCACAGACACGCUGAUGGCCAUCACCCGCAAGCUGCGCUUCGACAAUAUCUUGCCGGCUCUGGAGUUGAGUGUUUGCAUGGGCCUCGACGGCCUGCUGGAGGUCUGCAUGACCUUCUUCAUGCGCUGCUGUGUCAACAAUGGACAGUAUAAGAGCCAUCUGAAGGAGCAUUACGUGCACGUGUCCAAGGAGUGCGUGAAGGCCAUCAUUGCCGCUUGCAAGGAGCCGCACAAGCUGCUCAUCUGGUACGUUUACGAGUGGACGCGUCAGGAGUGCGAGCAGCUUGGCCUGGGUCCCAGUGAUGCGGAUUUGGUGGUCCACGGACUGGGUGGAGGGUCGAGCGAUUGGCACGUGGCUUCGGGUGCCAAUGAAUUGGAAUCUCCUGCGCCAGCUCCUGUGGUUUCCGUGGAACGCUGCUACUACAAGGCCUGCCGGCCAUUUACUGUGGAUGCCGAGUCUCCGGUGUUCCGCUUGCGCCUCAAAUGUUCCAGGUUCAUCUCUCUGAUGGGCCUGGUGCUGAACAGCCGGCUGACCCCCAACCGUUUGGGCCACGUCCAGCAGCUGGAGUACCGGGAAUCGUUGCGCCUGGACCUAUGUGAGGUGCCCGCCGAGAAUGAGGGUCCGGCCACUGCGCGCGUGUGGAGCCAUGUCAUCCAAGGCCAAAGCACCAAGUACAACUGCGAUCUCCACCUGAGCUGGCGUCGCGAGGAGGCAUGUGUGCUGAAUCCGGAGCUGACCUACGAGCUGCAGAUCCGCUGGGACACCAGUGCCUACGGGGCGGAGUACCCGUGCAGCCUGCAGUCCUGCCAGGCGGACGGAAUCCUGUUCACGGACGGUGACAGCUUCAGCGGAAGUCUCGUCAAGGGACUACGCUACGCCAACUUGGUGUAGCUGCUCCGGAUGCGAUACUCGAUACCAUAAUAAGUUAGUUCGUAAGGCGUGUGUAUUUAUUGCCCUAAGUUAAUGUACGCUGCCUCAGAGUUCAAUAAACUUUGAGUAGAUCGCUUCAAA